AUGAAGAAUCGGAAAACCAAAAAACAUUAAACUCACUUAUAAACAAAUAGCCAUGCUCUUCUUCAUUCAGGAACUAUAAUAGCUGAUAAGUUUAUAUUAUUGGAGAAAGUUGGAUAAGGCAGCUUUGGAUAUAUUUUUAAAACAGAGAACAUCGAAACGAAAGAGGUAGUAGCUACAAAAUUUGAGAAGAGAGAGAAUAAAAGUACUAGUACAGGGAGCAUGUUGGUUAGAGAAAUCAAAGUGUUGUUGGAACUAAGUGGAGUGGAAGGUUUCCCAUAAAUUCAAUAUUAUGGAAGAGACGAAAAUUAUAAUUAUUGCAUGAUCACUUAUCUGGGUCAUAAUUUAGAAUACCUGCUAAGGAAAAGCAAAGGGUUUUCUUAACUGUCCUGCCUUAAAUUAUCUCUUCAAUUAAUUGAAAGAUUGGAAUCUCUACAUAACAAAAAUAUUAUUCAUCGAGAUUUAAAACCUGAAAAUUUAGUGAUUGGUUAUAUUGACACCCACAAUGUCUAUCUGAUUGAUUUUGGAUUAGCUAAGUAUUUUAAGGAUAGCAAUGGAUAACAUAUACCUUUAUCAGAUAAAAAGGGAAUCAUCGGAACUGCUCGAUACGCUAGUAUAGCAGCUCAUUAAGGAUUGGAAUAAUCUCGAAAAGAUGAUCUAGAGAGCUUAGGUUAUGUUUUAAUUUAUUUGAACUUUGGAAAGCUUCCUUGGAUGAAUCUUUAAAUUGCUGACAAACAUGAAAAGUAUAAAACUAUAUAUGAAUUGAAGAAAAAUAUAAAAUUAGAAUUAUUAACUGAAGGGCUUUCUUAGUGCUAUUUACUCUUACUAUAACAUGCGAAGUCAAGAGAAUUUUAAGAAUCACCUAAUUAUGCAUUUCUUAAAGAUUAAUUUAAAAAAGCAAUCUCUGAAAAAGAGUGUGAGGAAUCAUUUUAUAUGUUUGAUUGGGAAAAACUUGCAGAAGUGAAAAACAAAAAACAGAUACAUUAAAGCAAAAUUGAGAAUCCUCCUGUAAUACGAAGUACAAUCAAAAGAUCAUCUGCGGCUAUUGUAGAUCAUCCUAAAAAAUAACUUUCUACUAAUUUAGUUCUUCCAGAACCAGAAAAUAUCGAGAAUAGGAGUCGUAACGGAGUAAGUAUGCAUACAUUAGGAACCUCUAAAAUGAUAAAUUAUCAAGUAAGUCAAAAAAAUAUUGUUGAAGUUGAUAAAUAUAGAAGAAUUAUGGAAAAAUAAUUGCCAAGAGGCCAAAGGAAAAGUCAAACAGUAGUAUAACAGUAGUAAUAAGCCUUCUGCAAGGAAACUAGUAAGCAUUUUCAGGAAAGGGUCAAAACUAUCGAAUAAGUAGAAUAAGAGUUUGAAUAAUUCAAUGAUUUAGACCUAUUAGCUAAGGAUGAUGCGAACUUACACUUCAAUAACAUUAAAGCUUUCUAUUUCAAAAAUUAAUUGUAUCAUUGA